ACGCUGUCUGUAUACUGUAUCUCCGUUGGAUGUAUCACUCACUUGCUCAGUCUAAGAUAGAAGCUGACAUUACAGUUCCUUGGAAGCGGCCGGGAGUAUAGAUAUCUCAAUCCUGUCAGCUGGGCAAGUUGGAUCAGUUUCUGGUACAUCUAAUUGCAAAAGGCUCAGGAGUGGAGGUCUAGGUUGACUUUUGUUUCUUGGAUCGGAUGAUGCCUGAAAAAUGGGUUCAGAGUCUGUUUUUGCUCGUUGUUGGCAUUUUUACCCAUGCAUCAGGUGCAUUCGUGGGGAUAAACAUUGGUACCGAUGUUUCCAAUCUGCCGCCAACCUCAGAUCUUGUUGCGAUUCUCAAGGCCCAUCAAAUUACUCACGUGCGCCUUUAUGACGCUGAUUCUCAUAUUCUGAAAGCCCUUUCUGCCAGUGGGAUUGAAGUAAUGGUUGGUGUCUUAAAUGAGGAAGUUUUAAGCAUUGGAGAAUCUGCAUCAGCAGCAGCAACCUGGAUUAAUAAAAAUGUUGCAGCUUAUUUGCCUUCAACCAAUAUUACUGCAAUUUCUGUCGGCAGUGAGGUUCUUACCUCAAUCCCUAAUGCAGCCCCCGUCUUAGUUUCCGCCAUGAAUUUCCUUCAUAAAGCACUAGUCGCUGCAAACCUAAAUUUUCAGGUCAAAGUUUCCACUCCCCAGUCCAUGGAUAUAAUCCCUAGAUCUUUCCCUCCCUCCACCGCCACCUUCAAUUCCUCAUGGAACUCUACUAUAUACCAACUCCUUCAGUUUUUAAAAAGCACUAAUUCCUAUUACAUGUUAAAUGCCUAUCCCUAUUAUGGAUACACAAAAGGGGAUGGCAUUUUCCCAAUUGAUUAUGCUCUUUUCCGACCACUUUCCUCAGUCAAGCAGAUUGUUGACCCAAACACCCUUUUCCACUAUAACAGCAUGUUUGACGCCAUGGUGGAUGCUACCUAUUAUUCUAUAGAAGCUUUUAAUUUUUCUGGAAUCCCUAUUGUUGUGACAGAGACCGGCUGGCCUUGGUUUGGGGGAGCAGAUGAACCCGAUGCCACUGUGGAAAAUGCUGAGACCUUUAUUAAUAAUCUGAUCAAGCGAGUUCUAAAUAAUUCAGGUCCCCCAAGUCAGCCAAGGAUGCCCAUUAACACUUACAUUUACGAGUUAUUCAAUGAAGAUAAGAGGCCUGGGCCGGCAUCAGAGGAAACAUGGGGUGUUCUUUUCACUAAUGGUUCUGCUGUUUAUCCAUUGCGACUGAGUACUUCUGACCAGAUUACAGAAAAUUCUUCUGUGGUUUUCUGUGUGGUAAAACCUGGUGCAGAUUCUGAUAAGUUGCGAGAUGGCCUAAACUGGGCUUGUGGGCCCGGCCAAGCUAACUGCACUGCUAUUCAAACAGAGCAGUCGUGCUAUUACCCUGAUACUCUUGAACAUCAUGCUUCUUAUGCUUACAAUGAUUAUUAUCAAAAGAUGCAUAGCGAUGGUGGAACAUGUGACUUUGGUGGUACAGCUAUGACCACCACUAAUGAUCCCAGUUCUGGAUCAUGUCACUUUGCAGGAAGUUCUAAUUCGAAUACAAGUACUGGGGGACUUUCACCACCGGUGGCAUUUGGACCAACGAACCCAUUUGAAGGGAGCUCGAGUUCAAUGCACAGUCUCAGGCUUCAACAUCUGAUUUCUGCCGCAUUUUUUGCUCUAGUUUUGCUUUGACUUGGAGAUCCUUCCAGUUAUCAGCCAUCUCGAGUGUUAAAGCAGCACUGUAGGGAUUCAAAUGUAAUGAAGUCAGAGGAAAUGCAGCGUCAAUGAAAUAGUUGAAAUCUUCUGUGUAUCAGUCAACAUCAUUUUUCCUCAUUUUUUUUUGUCUCUAGUUUUCCUUUUAUCGCCCACCUUUGUUUCUUAUCUGGCAGGGUGGCUUCUGGGUUCAUUGUAACUUACACUUCUUAGGUAGCGGUGACCAGAAAUUUUUGGACGAUGUAAGUGCACCUCGAUUUUGUUCCUUAACAAUGAAGUAUUGAGCGUAGAAAUGUCUUUUUUUUUUUUUUUU